GGCAGAGCUGGCUCUGUUGCCGGGCUGAUGGUGGCUGAGCCCUUUGCCCUGGGGCGAGGAGUCCAUCUCUGGUCCCCAGUUUCCCCGAGGCCGGAGAGGCCCGCUCGGCUCCCCAGGGCGCCCGCGCGCACGGCACCAUGUCGACCUCCUCGCUGCGGCGCCAGAUGAAGAACAUCGUGCACAACUACUCGGAGGCCGAGAUCAAGGUCCGAGAGGCCACCAGCAACGACCCCUGGGGCCCGUCCAGCUCCCUCAUGUCCGAGAUCGCUGACCUCACCUACAACGUGGUCGCCUUCUCGGAGAUCAUGAGCAUGAUCUGGAAGCGGCUCAACGACCACGGCAAGAACUGGCGGCAUGUCUACAAGGUGGGGGGCGCCGCCCGGGAAGGCCUGCGGGGGGCGGGGGCCGGGCCGCCCCGGCGCUCAGCCACCCAGGCGUGUCCUGCCCCUACCACCACUGACCCCUGGGGGGGCCCGGCCCCCACACCGGCCUCGGGGGACCCCUGGAGGCCCGCUGCUCCUGCGGCGCCCCCAGUGGACCCUUGGGGUGGAGCCCAGGCACCGGCUGCGGGAGAGGGGCCCACGGCCGACCCGUGGGGGAACGCAGAAGGUGGGGCCCCGGCGGGCGCACCCCCAGCUCCUGACCCCUGGGCCCCGGCCCCAGCCUUCUCGGACCCGUGGGGGGGCUCACCCGCCAAGCCCAGCACCAACGGCACUGCAGCUGUCGGGUUUGACACGGACCCUGACGAGUUCUCGGACUUCGACCGCCUGCGGACGGCCCUGCCGACGUCGGGGAGCAGCACAGGGGAGCUGGAGCUGCUGGCCGGCGAGGUGCCCGCCCGCAGCCCGGGCGCGUUCGACAUGAGCGGCGUCGGGGGCUCGCUGGCCGAGGCUGUGGGGAGCCCCCCAGCCGCUGCUGCGCCAGCCCCCGCUGCCCCCACGCGGAAGACUCCCGAGUCCUUCCUGGGCCCCAAUGCCGCCCUCGUGGACCUGGACUCGCUGGUGAGCCGGCCGGGCCCGACGCCACCAGGAGCCAAGGCGUCCAACCCCUUCCUGCCCAGUGGAGCCCCAGCCACGGGCCCCUCCGUCACCAACCCUUUCCAGCCUGCGCCCCCAGCGACGCUCACCCUGAACCAGCUCCGCCUCAGUCCUGUGCCCCCGGUCCCUGGGGCGCCCCCAACAUACAUCUCUCCGCUCGGCGGGGGCCCCGCUCUGCCUCCCACGAUGCCCCCUGGCCCCCCGGCCCCCAACACUAACCCUUUCCUCCUAUAAUCCAGGGCGAGGGGCACUCGGUCUGCCCGGCCCGCUUCCUGCCCCGAGAUCAGUGUUGUGAGUGCAUGUGAACGGGCCCCACCCGGCGCCCCCUCCCCAGGGGCCCACUCACACUACACCCUCUUCCCGCGGCCGCCCGCCUCCCGCGAGAAACUGGACAUGGGGGCUAGGGCGCUGGCCGGAGGAGGACCCCUUUCCUGUGGCAUUAGAAAGGGGAGGGGCAGCCGGGGGUCCCCCACCGCACCUCGCCCUCCAGCUCCUGACCGGCCCCUCGAUCAGUGUUUGACCUCGGCCCUCAUGCCCCUUGGUGACUCCUUGGUGAUGAUUCCGGCGACUUCGGGAAUAAAUGGCAAUUCUCACGG